AUGAGUUUCGACUACAAACAAACCGAUUUCGAGGUCAAAUUGUUCUAAAUAUCGGUUGCUUCAAGAAAAAUUGAAUUUCAGACUGGAGACGUGGCACAGAAGGAGAAGGAGUCCUGGAAAUGCUGGGACAGGACGCGGUUCUUGAUUUGUCUUUUUGGGUGAGUAUAUCUUUAAGAAUAUCUCAAGAAUCAAUUGGUUUUUUGAAAAGAGGUCAACUGAAAAGUUGUGGGAAAUUUUGUGCUCUACAACUUUGUAGUUGACAAUUUUACACGAAAAUUCUGAUUUCUCGAGUUAGGAGCGAGUUUAUGAACAGUAAGGGUGAAAAACGGAAAUGUUGGUGAGCACACUUUUAAGAAAAGUUCUGGAAACGGUAGCAGAGUCGAUUUCUUUCCGGUUCCACUAGUUGGACACUCUGUUUGUGACGACUUGUUAUGUGACCUUUCCUUGCAGAUUAGUGUGUAUCACAUGCACGAAUGCCAACAUGAUUCUGAUGAAUUUCACCGUGAUUUGCAUGAAUGACGUGAUUGUCGAACAGAAAACAGAUGGAAAUUCUACACGUACGUCUGGAAAUUUGGUACCAUUUCGGAUAUUCUGUUUCAGAUUGGCUUGAAAAGUCCUCGGACAUCUCGCUGACGUUCUCCGCCGCUGCGAUCGGCGCGAUCUUCGGCACCGUGCCCGCAGUGACUCUGAUUUCGAAAUAUGGAAUACGGUAGGCCAUGAGGCUUCUGGAAGCGAUGAUGAUUCUCUGAUUUUCAGAAGAGUGCUCACGAUUUAUGGGUUGCUCUCGGCGGGCGGCACUCUGCUCAUGCCGUUCUCGGUGGCUUGCGGCCAGAUUCCGGUGCUCGUCGCCCGGUUCUUGCAGGGAAUCGGCGCCUCCGUGCUCUAUUCGUCCAUCGGAACCGUCUCCGAAUCAUGGAGUCCGAUUGCCGAGAUCGGAACCUACGUGGCAUUUCUGUCGUCGGCCUUUCAGAUCAGCAACAUCGUCACGAUGCCCUCGGCGGGGCUUCUCUGCGAAUCGACCCUGGGCUGGCGAUCCAUUUACUACAUUUUCGGAGCGAUCACUGCAGUUCUAUAUGCUCUUUUCUACUGUUAUUAUCGAGAUUCACCGGAAAAUCACAGACAUGUGAGCAGCAAAGAACUCAAGAAGAUUCGGGACGGAAAACCGAGCACUUCGAGGGCUCUCGUCAAAGUCCGCUUCUCGCGCAUUUUCAGCGAUUGGGAAGUGCUCGAGAUUACGUUUGCGGUGAGUUGAGAGGGAAAUUCGGAAGGAAGCGAAAAACGAAAGAUGAUUUCAGAUAAUCGGAGGGAGCGCCGCUGUCAUUUGCCUCAACAACUAUGGUCCCAUUUAUCUGAACAAGGUGAGAAGGCACGCUGAAAAAUAUCUCAGCUACCGUUAAAGAUAUCAAAAAAUUGUCAACUGACAAAGUGUUCAACAAGAAAUUGUGUACAUUUCAUCAGUUGACAACUUUUUGAUAUCUCCAUCGGCAGCAGAGAUACAUCGAUUUGAAUGACGGGUUUUGUAAAAAAAACCGGUUCUAACUCGAGAAAAACUUGUGAACGUUCAUCAACAAAAAUAUAAUUUCCAGGUGCUCGGCCUGAACAUUCGCGAAACGGGCUACUCGAAUGCGAUCCCCUACUUCUUCGCCGCUAUUGUCAAGUUCGCUGCGGGACCAGUCACCGACCGGAUGGCCCAUAUUCCCGAAAGGGUACGUUUUGCCGAUCAAAAAUCUCUUCUCCUUUUUUCUUUUCAAUUCCCCCCCCCCUUCCAGACCCGUCUCAUAAUUUUCGCGUUGAUCCCGCAGAUAACGAUGGCCGCCGGCUUCCUCGUCAUGUCAUUCGUGAGCCCAUCCAUUCCAGCUCUUUCCAGAACUUUCCGAUUUUCAGACAAACGACGUCAUCGUCGCGCAGCUCGCCUACACGGUUUCCGUCGUUUUGGCCGGUCUUAACGUGAUUGGAAUGGUCAAAUGCGCACAAAUUGUGAGUUCCCAUUCAAACUGCUCUCCAAUUUUUGCUCACUUCCAGGUGGCCAAAGAGCACUUGUCGCUGAUAAUGGCGGUGAUUUCGAUGAGCUCCUGGCUCGCCGCCUUCGUGCUUCCCAUCGUCAUCGGCAUCGUUUGCCCGAACAACACGCACGCCGAAUGGUCGCGAUUCUACCUCUGCGUCGCCGUUUUCGUCCUUCUCUCCAAUCUUCCUUUCCCGUUUUUGGCGCGGGUGGGCGAGGUGCGACGAGUGGGUCCUGCCACGAAAUUCUAA